CUGGUCGCGCCGGGAGGAGGGCCGGCGAUUCCGGCUGGUUGGGGUUGGUUUUUGGGGGGGGGGGGGGGGGGGGGGCACAAAAAAAAAUCUUGGCUGGGGCCAGCGCCAGGAGAGGUCUGGGCUGGAGAGAGGGGCCGAGGCCCAACCUGAGCUGCCGCCGCUCUCCUUUUCCCCUCCCCCUGCUCUUUUUUUUCCCUCUCUCUAUUAUUUUUCGUUGUUGUCGUUCGUUUAGCAGCCGGCGUCUCCUCUCCGGCCGCCGCGGACGUUUUGGGAGACAAAGGGCAGCUUUUCCGAGCCGGCGGCUUUUCCGAAGCCUCUCCUCUCCUCUCUCCUAUUUCCAGAGGCGCCGGGGGCCGUGCGCUGGAUUCAUGAAUAAAAUUUUCCAUCCUAACAUCGAUGAAGCGUCAGGAACUGUAUGUCUAGAUGUAAUCAAUCAAACUUGGACGGCUCUCUAUGAUCUCACCAAUAUAUUUGAAUCGUUCCUGCCCCAGCUGCUGGCCUAUCCUAACCCCAUAGAUCCUCUAAAUGGCGACGCUGCAGCCAUGUACCUCCACCGACCAGAAGAGUACAAACAGAAAAUUAAAGAAUACAUUCAGAAAUAUGCAACAGAAGAAGCACUAAAAGAACAGGAAGAAGGCACCGGGGACAGCUCAUCCGAGAGCUCCAUGUCCGACUUCUCGGAAGACGAGGCUCAGGAUAUGGAGUUGUAGUAGAAGAGGCAACCUGCUUUUCAGAGAGACUCUAAUUUCCUAACCAUGAGAAGCAGACUAUAAUAUUCAUAUUUAAACAAAGCAAUUUUUUUUAUUACUAAACAAGGUUUUUAUGAAUAAUAGCAUUGAUAUAUAUAUAUAUAUCACCCUUUAGAUCUUGAUUUUCUUGGUCAUUUCUCAACCCGAGGUGCAUAGCAUAUUCCCACAUUCCAUUUUGGUAGCAAUAUGCAGCCCGAAUGCAUGCAUUCAGAUUCCAUUUGGCCAAGUCAACUUGUGUGCUACUGAACUGUCAGCUACAACAGCUGCCCUGGUAGGUAGGGAGUUAGCCGAGAUGUUUGCUUUCUGAUCGAUGUUUCCAAAGACACCACCUUGGAUGCUGACGUGGAACAGCGUUUUCUCAAAGUAACAAAAAAAAAUCUGGGGGAUAAUAUACUAACCGCGUAGAUCAGACAGUGGAAUAAAAGGUGCUCCUUCAGGUCAACCUUGCUGAUCGUAUUUUGUGUGGAGUCACAUUUAAAAAAAAAAAAAAAAAGUAAAUAAAAACCAACACAAAUGCAUGGAGCUAUUCAGAGCAUUGAAGCUUAAGAAUUCUGACUUGGAUUUUCAGUCCGUUUUUAUACGUGGACUCCUGCCUGCCCUUCUGAACUGUAGGGACUGACAACCACUGGUCUAUUUGCUUUUGGGACUUUUUGAAAGCCUUCAUCUGGAUGUUGCUCACUUUCUUGGUCUGGAUUACGAGCUGUUCCCUUCGCGGGAGGAAAAAAAAAGACACACAAACAAUGCUCUCUAAGCAGUGCUUUGAUUUAGCUGGAGCACAUGUGAAGUCAAACUCUUACUUUGUCAUAGUUUUUGAAACUGCUGCCCUUUAAUGGCUUCAAGUUUUGCUUUUUCUCUUGCUUGAAGUAUGGUUAAACACCUCGCAAACACCUCUGUCCCCUAGGAGGGUUCUCUGACCAGAUGGAUUAGCCUUGCUGAGAGCUUCAGAUCCACGAAGAUUGGCCCAUUGGCUGUAGUCCACGAAUCCAGCGGCACUGAUUUUAUUUUCCUUUUUUUUUCCCCCUUCUGCACCAGCUUGGUAGCCAUCUGCUUGUGUGUGUACAACAGGAUUAAAAAUUUCUUAAAGUUAACAAAGAAUAUGAUCUAGAAAAAAAAAAUUGAGAUGAAUAAAAAAAGACUAAAAGCACCAAUUGAGGAAGCAAGUGAAUCUGCUUGUUUUGUUGUUGUUUUUUUUCUUCCUUUCAGGACACUUCUGUAUGAAACG